AUGGGGAGGGAGGGCCGGGCGUGCCUCUGGAGGGUCUGGCGGUCGGGCUGCGCGCUUUCACCUUCGCCACUGGUGCGCCCGCAGACGGCAUGGCUCGCCUUCGCGCAGAGCUCGGCCGCAUGUUCGGGGCGGCUCGCGCGCAUGUGGAGGCCAUGGCCUUCGGAGGCCAGGUCCUGGAGAGCCUCGCGCUGCGCGCAGACGCGGGCGUGGGCAGGGGGCUGCCCUUGUGGAGUGUGCUGGCCUCGCGAGCAGAGGCAGGCCUGCAGUGCCGGCUGGACUGGGACAGCAGCAGGAGCGCGAGGGCGAGGUCGAGCCGAUCCAUGCCUUUCAUGCCUCCCUUGCUCGUCUCGGUGAACGAGGCCUCUCGCUCCUGGUCCCUCCACGGGGCCCUCUGCUCGGAGGUCCCAGUCGUGUCGGCCUCCGCGAGCACUGGAACCGCAGCGGGGUCUGGCGGGAUCAGCGACGCCGGCAGGGUGUACACCGAGGUCCUCCCGUCGGGUGGGCGUGUCACGGUGAAGCCUGCCCGCGCCGUCGCGCAGCAGUUCUGGGGCCUGGCGCGCCUUCUGGCGGGCGGGGCGCACGUGAGGGCAGGGCCGCCAGACGAGGAGGCCAGCCAGGCGAUCCUGGAGUACAGCGGGGCUGCCGACUGGCGGCGGUGGCCCGGCGACCUGGCGGCCCUGGCGCUGCUCAUCGACUUCGCCCGGCAGGCCACGGCCCUGGAGGCGCGGGCCCGGGAGGCCGACGGGCGCGCGGAGCAGGACGCCCAGCCGCUGCCGAGGCUCGAGGCCUGCGCGCUCGGGCGGAUCCGGUGGCGCCUGCCCAUGCCCGCCGGCGACGACGAGCUCUUCGAGCUGGUGGCCAGCGCGAGCCCCGAGAGGGAGGCCCGUGACCCGCCCGCGCCCGCCGCAGGCUCGAGCAGCCGGCCGGGCGCCGCCAGGAAGAAGGCCCUGGUCUGCAGCUUCCGCUGGGCCGCGCCGCGCCAGUCCUUCACGGUGGCCGCCGAGCUCUCGCGGCAGGUCUGCCGCACGCGCGACGUGGCUGCCGCCCUGCGCACGGCGGCCGCGGUCGCGGAGCUGGUGCGGGCCGUCGACGACGUCACCGACGGCCAGGACGGGUGGGUCGCGCACAGCAGCGUCGCAACGGCCAUCUGCGUGGAGUUCAAGGGGCUGGUGGGUGUCAAGGUGCAGUCGGACGGGCCGGGGGUGGUCAGCUGCCACAGGCUCCCCCGCCCGCAGGACGGGGAGCGGCCGCAGCUGGCGGUCGUGCCCAAUUUAGACCUCUUCUUGCGCGUGCUGGGCUCCUGCGGCGGGUCCGCCGCGGCGCCGAGGGCCGCGCUCAGGGACUCCUCCACCAAUAAGGGGGCGCGGCUGGAGUUCGAGCCGGGGACCCUGCGGGCCCGGCUGGCGCCCCUGUGGGGGUACCUCUCGGGCUACUGCCGGCUGCUCCAGCUGUACCUCAUCCUGAAGUCCUCGCACGGCGGCCUCUGGCACGCACUCAGGAAAGGAACGGAAGAUGGACAUGCGCGAGGUGAGGGUGGACGAGCCGCUGAGCCCCGUCGUGCGCUGGGCUGCCCUCGAGUGGUCGCGGGAUCUGCUGGACGCCUUCUGUGCGCUGGAACUGGUCUCCAGGCGCUGCCAGGAGGACGUCGUCCGGCUGCAGAAGCGCGCCCGCUGCGGGGCCGGCGACACGCCCGCCGGCGGGCCGGCGCCGCCCGAGGUGUCCGUGCGUUUCCGCUGGCGGCGGGAGGACCUACGCGCCAAGCGCAAGGACGACGACAGGACCUGCAGGGUGAUGCAGGCGUUCGAGGAGUUCUUCAGGCUGCACCUCGCCGCGGGGUCGGGCAACCUGCGCGCGUCGCGGCUGCUUCCGCCCCUCCUGCUGCUACUGGAGGCCCCGAGCCUGUGGAUGCUGGAGGAGGUGGCGGUGCUGCUCCAGCGGGCCACUGCCGCCGCGGCGGGCAGCGGCGGCUGGGAGCUGCCAGUGGAGGGCUGCGCGCUGGCGCGCGGCGGGGCGGCGCCCCCCGGCGGCUGGCAGCUGGCGCUGCCGCUGGUGCGGCGCGGGGGCGG